GAAAAGAAAUUAAGAAAAAUGUUUAAUUUGCUGCGACGCACGCGACAGAGAAAAGCGCAUAAAAACAGAAACUACGAUGUGAGUGACGAUGAGGAGAAGGAGAAGACGACAGCAACAGCAACAGCAACACCAACAGCAACAGCAACAAUUUCAAGGAGCGCUCCGAGUACGGGCAGCAGUAAUAGCAACAAUGAGAACCGUUGCGUAUUCAGCGCCAGAGCGAACAGCGACCAGUGCCAAAGAGAUUGUGAGCAACUGAGGAGAGCUGAUCGCUUGCCGCGACGCGCUGUCAUCGAAGAGUUGGAGGACUUUGGCAGCGACGCCAGCGAACUAGACGAAGAGUGGCAAUGUGUAAAUUUAGCAAAAACAGCUGCUGUUGCUCCGACUGCUCAGAGUGCUCCGACUGUUGCUGCUGCUGCUAAUGGCCAUUCAGCAAUCUGUUGGCGGUCGGAGAAUAUGUUGAAUAUAAAUAACAUGGGCGCAGGCAAUGGGGCGACAGCGACAGGGAGGACAACGACGACUGUUGUUAGUGGGACGGCGGCUGCUGGGCAUCUUUCUGUGGCGGGCAGUCAAAACGAGGCAAACAACGGAGGCGGUCAUUGGCUAAUUGGCAGCAGCAAUAGCAACGGCAGCAAUAGCAGCAAUAGCAGCAGAGGCCAAACGAAUUGCGACAACAACAAUAUCGAUGGCAAUGCUCAACAGCUCAGGCAACAACAAACACAAAACGCUGGCACGGUAAUUAAUGUAGAAACGGAUAAUAAGGUGACUUAUCGCCAGCAAUCGAAGCAAUCGAACGAACAGAAACGACAAUCGCGUCUAUCGCUUGGCAAUUUAGCGCUGCAUUUGGGUGGCAAUCGGGAAGGCGGUGCCGAGACGACUGCAACCGCAGAGUCCGAGGAGUCUGUCGUGUCGUCCAAGAAGCGUAAAACACUGCAAAAGAGUCGCGAUUUUUUGAGUGAAAUUUUCAUGGCGCGUGGACGUAAUCAUCAUCAACGGAAUCAACAGCAACAUCAGCAGCAGCAGCAGCAGCAACACCGCCAUCAACAGCAGCAGCAACAGCAACAACAGUUAAAAUCGAAAAACGCUAACGACGUUAACGUAAUCAGUGUUGGACAGGCGCUGGCAGCACGACCAGCGGCGCUGGCAUCCGCACACCUUGAAACGAACUCCGACCCCGCCGCGACCGCGUCCACAAAUAGUUAUCAAAUGACGAUGUCUAAUAAUAGCGCACAGAGUAAAGAGCGAGAGAGCGAACGCGAUCGAGAGAGGAGCAAUAGCAGCAGUAGCCGCAGCAGCAGUAAUUCAGCUGGAGCAAUGCGUCAGCAGGAGCAACAGCAACAUCAGCAUCAGCCAGAGAGUGAGAGAGAUGUGCGACGAGAAGAUGAGCAGAUGAACAACAGAGCAGCAACAGCAGCAGCGAGUGCCAAUUUUAUUCAAGCGGCAAACGUCGAACUGUGCACUGUCGCGGCAGAUCAGCAAAGCGGCAACUCUGCAGCGCAACAGCCACAACAACAGCAGCAGCAACAACAACAGCAACACUGGUGACAUAACCAACAACAACAACAGCAGCAGCAACAACAACAACAACAAGAACAACCAAUCAGCAUGGGCCAAACGAGCGCCAAACCCAACGAAUGCUCGCAAUCGGCGGACAGCUCACGAGCCAGCACGCCGCGUGAUUUUCGUGAGUCAGUCGUGAGCGAGCCGGAAGAGCAAAGUCAGCAGCAGCAACAGCAACAGUUGCCCAAAAUUACAGUCGUAGACUGCAGCCUUGAGCAAAGUCGCAGUCGGAGUCCAGAUCAAGCGGAGAUAUUCUACGAGAGCAACGAGUUGAAUAUUGAGGAAUUGAAUGAGGCGCAUGUGGAGACACUCGAGGAUGAGGUGUUUGCUGCGGAUAUACCCACAACUGUCUAUCAGCAGGCAAAUGCCGGAAUUGGCGGCCGACCUUGGACACGUCUAACCAAUGUCAAGCUGGAGAAUGUGCUGGAGGAGGAGGAGGAGGAGGAGGAGGGCGAGGAGGAGAAUGAGGAUGAGGAUGAGGACGCCGAACCCGAACCGGAAGAUGAUGAACUGGAUGAGGCAUUGGAUUUGGAUCAUGAUGAGCUGCACGAUUCGCGGCAAUCGGCGAGCAGCGAGCGCAGCGCUCUGAAAAGCGAUUCCAAUUUAAGCAGCAGCUAUGCGGAUUCCGGCAUUGGAAUGAGCAUGGGAAUGGGACAACAGCAACAGCAACAACAACAGCAACAACAACAACAACAGCAAACGAUGCGCUGCUCAUCAACGGUUCCGUUGCGCUCGCCCUUCAUCCGUGAUGGCAAGUCAACGUCAACGGACUGCGACUGCGACGGAGAUGAGUUGUUGCUGCUUCAGUGCGACGAACUCGAUGAUCAUCAUCAGCUUUUUAGUGAGCAGCGUUUGGUGUGCAUCGAGAGCAUUAGCCUGCCCGAUGUUGUUGUCGAGUCAACGUCCGCGACAACGGCAACAACAACAGCGGCAAUAAAUGCCAGCAACAGUGGAACUGCCAACAGUAACAACAACAACAACAGCAACAACAACGAUGAUGGACAUCUCAAUAUCAAUAUACAAAAUGGCGCCUCAGGCAAUUCCUUGGGCAAUGUGCAUUUUAUACCCAUUCACAUAGAGGGAGCUGGCUCGCCGCGCAGUCGCAGCAGCAGUCCCAAGCAGCGCAGUCAGGACGAUAGCUGUUUGGGGCGCAACGUCGAAAUUGUUGAGGAUGGCAGUGUAUUGAAUAAUGCGGCUGCACAGGAUCGCGACGAGGCGACGCUGGAGCUCAAAAAAGAGCUCAAGCUGCAAAAGACGCGUUUCAAUACACAGCUCGAGAAUGCGCACAAAAAUCUUCAAAGUCUGGAGGCCAAAGCGAGUGAUAUGCAGGUAAAGAUACAAAAUCUGGAAAAGGAACUAUCGGUUAAACAAUGGAAUGUGGAUAGACUCCAAGGUGAACUGACGGCGGCCCAAAAGGAUGAUGAGUUUGUGCGCAAAAGGCUGAAGCUGCUCGAGGAUGAAAAAAUAAAUUUACGUCACAAAUACAGCGACGAUGAGGAUGAAUUCCGACGCAAAUACAACGGACUGGAGGCGGAGUACACCGAACUAACCGAAAAGUACAAAGAGACACAGAGUUUGGCAAGCCACCUGCACACUCAGGUGGCAGAUGCUCAGAUUGAGGCGGAGGCGUGGCGCAAGGAGGUGACCACGAUACGCGCUGAACUGGAGGAGCAAGUACGCAUCCUCAAGAAUGCGUUCGACAAUUCGGAAGCGGAGCGAAAAAUCUGCGAGGAUAAAUGGCAGAAGGAGUUUGAAAUGCUGCGCACCCAAAAUCGAGAACGCGAGGACAACUUGAUGAUGGACUGCGAGUGGCAGAUGCGUCAAAUGCAGCGCCAGUGCAAGGACAAACUUGACAAAUCCAAUUACGAACGCAAACAGGCAUCGGCCAAGGCUGAGGAACUGGAUCUGGAGCUGCAGUCGCGACGCAAGGAGGCAGAAAGCUUGCGCAUUUGCCAGGCACAGGUGAAGUCCUUGAGUGGUGUUGUCAGCGAACAGGAGCGCUCCAUAGAAACGCUGAUGCAACGCAUCGAUAAUCUGAAAAGUGAGCUCGAAACGGCCAACAGCAAUCUGGAGACCCAGAUCGAGGCUGUGCACAAGAUUAAAUAUCAGUGUGAUAACGCCAUUUAUGAUAAGGAGCGUCAAAUGAUCUAUCGCAUCGAUGAGGUGCGCAACGAAGCUGCCGCCUUUUGGGAGAAUAAACUUUACACAGAGAUGACAAGACUGACUAAUGAACUGGAAUCCGUUUAUGUGGAUGAGCGUCGCGAUGCUCUAGAUAAGCUGCAGGCGGAGCACAUUGAGGAGUUGCGUGCGCUGACCAAUCGCUACACGGCCAACGAGGAGGAGCUGCGUGCCGAGAUCGAGGAGCUGACUGAGAAUCUGGAGCUAAAGAAACAGGACUUUCUAACGCUGCGCGAACGCUCCGACAAUGCGCUGCUGCAGACGCGAAUGCAUCUGGAUCGGGCAGAUCGGGAGUAUCAGAAUGCGAUGUGCCGCGAGGAGGAUCGUCGCUUGGAGCUGGAGACGAAAUACAAACAAGAGUUUGAGGAAGAGAAACAGGAAAUGGAGGAGAAAUUCUGUGAGCGUUUGGGUCAAGUCAAGGAGGAGUUUGCCAAGGAGCUGCAAUUGUCCACGCAAGAAAUGGUAGAGACGCAUCGCAAGGACAUGGAAAUCCAGAAGGCGAAGCUGCAAUCCGAAAAGGAGGAAGCUCUCCAGGAGCUGGUCGAGCGACAUCGCGCCAAAAUGGCUGCUGCCGAGGAACAAAUCAACGAUGUAGAGCUUCGGCAUCAGCGCCACCUGAAGGAUCUGAAGGCGGCCUACGAUGCCGAGAAGGCGGCGCUGGACAAACGCGACAUUAGCAAUGCCAACGAGAUCGAGCAACUGCAUCGCAAAUGCCGCUGCCUGACCAAUCUUUUCGAGGAGAUGAGAAUGCGCUAUGAGCGACGUGAUCCGCGUGCCGAGGAUUUGCGUGAGAUUUCGGAGCUGCGGACGCGCUGUGAUAGCCAGGAGCGGGAUCUGUUUGUGCUCACCGAUCGGCUGCGCGAGAUGCAAAUCCAAAUGUCCGAGCUGCAGCAGAAUGGCGAUGGAGCGCCACGGAACAAGACCGUGAAGAAGCCACCGCCCAAAGCGAUAGCCACCAGCUGUGAUGUCAUCUACGAGGAGAACGAGGAGCGCGAAUCGCCCGAGCACGGUUCGAGCUCAGCCUCAUCCAGUCAGGACGAUACCGAGGAGGAUGCGGAGGAGGGGGAGCAGGGCGAACAGGAGCCCAGCGAUACCGAAUCGAAUCACACAAUUGAGGUCAACGGCAAAUGCAACAAGGAUCGCAUCAACGAGGACGAUGCCCACAUGAUCUCCACUGUGUGAGCUCCACAAUUACGGAUCUUCUCCUAGAGAUCUACGAUCUGGCUGUUUUCUUAUUUCUAUCUAACAAAAUCAGGCUCGAGGCAGCUGACGAGCUGAGUUGAAUACUUUGCCGCAACUGCUCAGCUGAUCUUUUGUCCUUUUAUUGCAACAUUGAUUGAGACACCUAAAAAAAGAAGAAAAAACUAAAUACAUAAAAAUUGUAAAACACAUGCAAUGUAAUUGGUUUAUAAAACCGUCUAAGCAAAAUUAAAAAAAUAAGAACGAAAUAAAUGUAAAUAUUUUUAACGAA